AUGGGAGGCACCGCUGGAUUCAUCCACACUUCCCUGGCUGUUGGCACCUUCCUGGUUUGGUGCCAAGCCCAGAGUGGCACGAGGAGCUACGGGCCGGUGUUCGAGGAGCAGCCGUCCCACACCCUCUUCCCUGAGGGCUCAGCUGAAGAAAAGGUCACCCUGGCCUGCCGAGCACGGGCCAAUCCUCCCGCUACCUACAGGUGGAAGAUGAAUGGCACGGAGCUAAAGCUGGAGCCAGAUUCCCGCUACAGGCUGGUGGCCGGGGAUUUGGUGAUCAGCAAUCCCCUGAAAGCCAAGGAUUCCGGCUCCUACCAGUGCGUGGCAUCCAAUUCCAGGGGCACCGUGGUGAGCAGGGAGGCCUCGCUCCGCUUUGGCUUUUUGCAGGAAUUCUCGGCAGAAGAGCGGGACCCUGUGAAGAUCACCGAGGGCUGGGGGGUGAUGUUCACCUGCAGCCCCCCACCCCACUACCCAGGCUUGUCCUACCGGUGGCUCCUGAAUGAAUUCCCCAAUUUCAUCCCGGCCGACGGGAGACGUUUCAUCUCCCAGACCACGGGCAACCUCUACAUUGCCAAGACGGAGGCCUCAGACCUGGGCAACUACUCCUGCUUUGCCACAAGCCACAUGGACUUCAUCACCAAAAGUGUCUUCAGCAAGUUCUCCCGCCUCAGCCUGGCUGCAGAGGAUGCCAGGCAGUUCCCACCCAGCAUCAAGGCCAGGUUCCCUGCGGACACCUACGCUCUGGCUGGGCAGGUGGUGACCCUGGAGUGCUUCGCCUUCGGAAACCCCGUGCCCCAGAUCAAGUGGAGGAAGCUGGACGGGCCACAGUCCUCCAAGUGGAUCGGCAGCGAGCCCCUGCUGCAGAUCCAGCACGCUGGAUUUGAGGAUGAGGGGACCUACGAGUGUGAGGCGGAAAACGCCAAAGGCAGGGACACCCACCAGGGCCGCAUCAUCAUCCAAGCUCAGCCCGACUGGCUGGACGUGAUCUCGGACACGGAGGCCGACAUCGGUUCCGACCUGCGCUGGAGCUGCGUGGCCUCUGGCAAACCGCGGCCCACGGUGCGGUGGCUGCGGGAUGGGCAGCCCCUGACGUCCCAGAACCGCAUCGAAGUGAGCGGUGGAGAGCUGAGAUUUUCCAAGCUAGUCCUGGAGGACUCUGGCAUGUAUCAGUGUGUGGCUGAGAACAAGCAUGGCACAGUUUAUGCAAGUGCUGAAUUAACAGUGCAAGCCUUAGCUCCAGAUUUUAGACUAAACCCAGUGAAGCGCCUGAUCCCGGCAGCCCGGAGUGGGAAGGUCAUCAUCCCGUGCCAACCACGAGCAGCACCAAAAGCCACCGUGCUCUGGACCAAAGGGACAGAACUCCUGGUCAACAGCAGCAGGGUGACGAUUACAGCGGACGGGACCUUGAUCCUGCAGAACAUCAGCAAAUCCGAUGAGGGAAAAUACACCUGCUUUGCUGAGAACUUCAUGGGCAAGGCCAACAGCACUGGAAUCCUCUCUGUCCGAGAUGCCACCAAGAUCACGCUGGCACCGUCGAGUGCCGACAUCAACGUGGGCGAGAACCUCACGCUGCAGUGCCACGCGUCCCACGACCCCACCAUGGACCUCACCUUCACCUGGUCCCUGGAUGAUUUCCCCAUCGAUUUUGACAAGUCUGAGGGGCACUACCGGCGAGCCAGCGCAAAGGAGGCCAUCGGGGACCUCAGCAUCUCCAACGCGCAGCUGCGGCACUCGGGGCGUUACACCUGCACGGCCCAGACCGUGGUGGACAGCGCAUCCGAGUCAGCCACGCUCACCGUCCGAGGACCUCCAGGCCCACCCGGGGGGGUGGUGGUGAGGGACAUUGGUGACACCAGCGUCCAGCUGAGCUGGAGCCGCGGCUUCGACAACCACAGCCCCAUCGCCAGGUACCUCAUCGAGGCCCGGACCCUCCUGUCCAGCCAAUGGAAGCAGAUGCGCACCAAUCCCGUAAACAUCGAGGGCAACGCGGAGACAGCGCAGGUGGUGAACCUCAUCCCGUGGAUGGAUUACGAGUUCCGGGUCCUGGCCAGCAACAUCCUGGGAAUUGGGGAGCCCAGUCUGCCCUCCAGCAAAAUCCGGACCAAGGAAGCAGCACCGACGGUGGCACCGUCCGGGCUCGGCGGCGGCGGAGGAGCUCCCAACGAGCUCAUCAUCACCUGGACGCCGACACUGCGGGACUACCAGAACGGGGACGGCUUUGGGUACAUCGUGUCCUUCCGGAGGAAGGGCAGCCAGGCCUGGCUGAGGGCGCGGGUGCCGCACGCGGAGUCGCUGCACUUUGUGUACCGCAACGAGAGCAUCGCGCCCUACACCCCCUUUGAGGUGAAGAUCAAGGCCUACAACAGGAAAGGGGAGGGCCCCGAGAGCCUCACAGCCAUCGUGUACUCGGCAGAGGAAGAACCCAAAGCGGCUCCUUACAGGGUCAUUGCCAAGUCCGUCCUGUCCUCGGAGAUGGAUGUGUCCUGGGAGCCCGUGGAGCAGGGAGAAGUGACUGGAGUGCUUUUGGGAUACGAGAUCCGGUACUGGAAGGAUGGGGACAAGGAGGAGGCGGCUGACAGAGUGAGGACAGCGGGGCUGGUGACAUCGGCUCAUGUCACCGGCCUGAACCCCAACACCGACUACCACGUGUCGGUGCGAGCCUACAACCGGGCAGGGACCGGCCCCCCCAGCCCCUCCACCAACGUCACCACCACGAGACCUCCACCAAAAAGGCCACCUGGAAACAUCUCCUGGACUUUUUCCGGUUCCACAGUCAGCAUCAAGUGGGACCCUGUGGUGGCCAAGGCGGAUGAGUCGGCAGUGACGGGGUACAAGAUGCUCUACAGGCAGGAUUCCCACUCGGCCCCCACCCUGUACCUGGCCAGCAAGAGCCACAUCGACAUCCCCAUCCCCGAGGAUUUCACUCACGCCUUCGUCCAGAUCCGGGUCACCGGACCCGGAGGGGACGGAACCCCGGCAGAAGUUCACAUCCUCCGGAACAGCGGGACAAGCAUGAUGGUGGAGGACUCGGGGACCAGGCCAGCGCCACACGUCGUAGUCAUCGCCACCAACUCCCUGCUGAUGGUGGCCCUGAUCAGCUCCCUGGAGCUCUGA